UAUUAUACUAUAUAGAUAUAAUUUAUUAGUAUUGUAACAAUACUACGAUAGCCCAAUAAUUAUUAUUAUUUUCUUAUUAUUAAUUGUGCUAAUACAAAUAAUAACCAAGUGCAGCUUAUGCACGUUGACGGUAACCAAUUUUCUUUGCACGUUGUAUAGAAAUUACUAAUUGACAAUUGUCAGUUGUCACUGUCCAUCCCGUUCCUUAGUCGUGAAUGAUUUUGGAAAGUUUAGCGAUUCUUGACUAGCGUACAGAUAUAUAUGUAUUGAUUUAAAAUGCCUUUAGCUAAAAGUAUUCUUCAUCCAUCUGCUGUAGAAGACUUACGUAGCCACAAAUUGAAGCGGCUUGUACCUCGUCCAAAUUCAUAUUUUAUGGAUAUCAAGUGUCCAGGUUGCUACAAGAUUAAAACCGUUUUUAGUCAUGUUCAAGAUAGAGUGAGAUGUGACGGUUGUCUAAUAGUACUUUGCAGACCAACUGGAGGCAAAGGAAAAUUGUCCGAUGGAUGUUCAUAUCGAAAAAAACACUAACGAACUAUUUGUUUUAAAUUCAAAAUUAAUAUUAAAUUGAUUGAUAUUUUCAUAAUAAAAAUUAUAUUUUAUUAACAUUA